CGGCCCUCGCUGUUUCCGGCGUUGUACGGAAGUCGGGUGCUGGUCUGGUCAGUGCCUGGCCAUUUGGUCCCCUUACAGCGCGCCUUUUCCAGCUCUCUCUCCUUAGGCGGCUUCCGGGUAUCGCUGCCAGUCCCCAGCCAAGUGCAGUUAGGGGAACCCAUUGCCCUCGGCUCUUGUCUGCGGUGCGGCUCCCCCCUUGCUUCCUCUCUGAACUUGUCUGCUACGCACUUCCUCUCACUUGUCUGAGCCGUGUGCCGCCCAUGGCAGGGGCCGCUCAGACCACGGCCUUUGGGCAAGCGGUGAUCGGCCCGCCGGGCUCGGGGAAGACCACGUACUGCCUGGGCAUGAGUGAGUUUCUGCGAGCGCUGGGCCGGCGCGUGGCGGUGGUGAACCUGGACCCGGCCAACGAGGGGCUGCCAUAUGAGUGCGCCGUAGAUGUGGGCGAGCUGGUGGGCCUGAGCGACGUUAUGGACGAGCUGCAGCUGGGGCCCAACGGCGGUCUGCUGUACUGCAUGGAGUACCUAGAGGCCAACCUGGACUGGCUGCGCGCGAAACUCGACCCCCUUCGCGGCCACUACUUCCUCUUUGACUGCCCUGGUCAAGUGGAGCUCUGCACGCACCACGGAGCCCUGCGCAGCAUCUUCUCCCAGAUGACGCAGUGGGACCUCAGGCUGACUGCUGUCCACCUGGUGGAUUCUCACUAUUGCACAGACCCUGCCAAGUUCAUUUCAGUACUGUGUACCUCCCUAGCCACCAUGCUGCAUGUGGAGCUCCCCCAUGUCAACCUCCUCUCCAAGAUGGACCUCAUUGAACACUAUGGGAAGCUGGCCUUCAACCUGGACUACUACACAGAGGUCCUGGACCUCUCCUACCUGCUUGACCACCUGGCUUCUGAUCCUUUCUUCCGCCACUAUCGUCAGCUCAAUGAGAAACUCGUGCAGCUCAUCGAAGACUACAGCCUGGUCUCCUUCAUCCCUCUCAACAUCCAGGACAAGGAGAGCAUCCAGCGGGUCCUGCAGGCUGUGGAUAAAGCCAAUGGCUACUGCUUCGGGGUCCAGGAGCAGCGGAGCCUGGAGGCCAUGAUGUCUGCCGCUGUGGGAGCGGACUUCCACUUCUCCUCCACCCUGGGCCUCCAGGAGAAGUACCUGGCACCCUCAGACCAGCCAGUGGAGCAGGAGGCCAUGCAGCUCUAGCAACAAGCUGGGCUCUUGUUGGAGGAGGACGCACAACCCAGCGCUGGGUAGCAUGGUGGCUUCCAGAGCAGCAGACUGCGCGGCAGGCUGCAGAUCCAAGAGCAGCCCUCACAGGGGGAGACUGGCAAGGGGAUACACAGCCCUGCAGAGGAGUUCGGCCAGAUCCAGACCUGUCACCAAGCAGAGCACUCUCAGUGCUCUGGGCGCUGCCAGCAGGAAUCCAGCACUGGCCCCGCUUGGGCUGUGAUGGAACAUGGUACAAUACAAGAGUUUAUUUUCUACUUUUUGUGGCUUCCAAACUUUUCUUCAACCAUCCGGGCCGAGGAAUUUGGGAACAUGAGAAUGUCACCUUUCCUCAGAAGAGUCCUGUUGCCUUUUUUUUUUUUCUUCUUCUUUUUUUGGCUGCCCCUCUGCAUAUGGAGUUCCCGGACCAGGGAUCAGAUCCAAGUCGCAGUUGUGACCUAAGCCGAAGCUGCGGCAACGCCAGAUCCUUAACUCACUGUGCUGGACCAGGGCUGGAACCUGCGACCCAGCACUCCCAAGACAACACCAAUUCCAUUGCACCACAGCAGGAACUCCAGAAGAGUCCUGUUUCUUCACACAGGGCAGUGGUUUCCCCCUAAACCACAGGAUCAUAGUAGAGGGUUGACUCUCAAGUCUCAAGUUGUGUGCUUUUGUUAAUCUUCAGUUUUAACAAUGAGGCUCAAGCUUGAGCUUUCCUCACAGAUCUUAUAUUUUAUUUUCAUUGUAUUUAUUUCAGGGUUUUAUUCUUGGGGGGGGGCAAGUGUUAACUAGUUUUCCAUUUAUAGUAGUGAUUAGAAGUUGACUUUAAAAUAAAAUUUAUUGGGAGUUCC